AUUAAAGUUAGGUGCUUUGGUUUUGUAGACAUAAACUAUUUUUAAACGUGGAUCAUCGCAGCUAAUAUUAAUAUUAAUUUAUAAUAUAGGAAAAAUAGUUUUAAAAAAACAUUUAAAAUGUCUGCCACUGAUAAAGAACCUACUUGUGAUUCGAACAUGAAAAGAUAUUUCGAAAAUUAUAUUUUAGUGGAUGUGGGGGCAAAUUUGACAAAUAGGAAAUUCAGUAGAGAUUUAGAAUCCGUUAUUGCUAGAGCCAAAGAUGCAGGGGUUCAAAAAAUUAUUGUUUCUAGUACAUCACUGAAAGGAAGCCGAGAAGCUUUGAGAUUAUCUCGUAUUUACCCAGGAACCCUCUAUGCUACAGCAGGAGUUCACCCCCAUGAAGCUAAAUCUUGGUCAGAUGAAUCAUUGAAUGAAUUGAGAAAUAUUGCUAGUAAUAGUGAAUGUGUAUCAAUUGGAGAAUGUGGCCUUGAUUACAAUAAAAAUUUUAGUCCACCUGAAGUACAGCGCCUCGUUUUUAAGCAACAGGUUGAAUUGGCAUGUGAAAUGCAUAAGCCAUUGUUUAUCCAUGAAAGAGAUGCUCAUGAAGAUUUGCUUGCUAUACUACAAGAGUUCAAAGAUGUUCUUCCUCCUUUAGUACUGUCAUCUUAUAGUGGCUCAUGCUUACAAGCUCAGAAGUAUCUUGAAAUGGGAAUGUAUUUAGGUUUAACAGGUUACAUAUCAAAAGACAACUCUGAGAAUGGUGUUCAGGUACUGUUAGAAGGAGGUGACUUAUCUCUUGAUCGACUUCUUGUGCAAACAGACUCACCAUUUAUGUAUCCAAAUGCCAGAGCAUCAAAAUUGCCUGACAGAGUUAAAAAUUCUCUAACUGAAAGGUCACUUUCAUUUCUCCAGAAGUACUGUACCUUCCAGAGAAAUGAGCCAUGUGCUCUUCCGACUAUAGUUGAAAUGAUUGCUGCAUUUUUACAUAAAACACCUGAAGAUGUUGCGCUAUCUACAUCUUUUAAUGCAUUAAAAGUAUUUGGAUUAAGUUAAUUCUUGUUAUAUAUUACUGUGAAAUUUAAUAACAAUGACCGAAAUUCUUCAGAUAAUUUUAUUGUAUUUUAUAAAAAAUAAAACAUAUCUUUAUAACGUAUAUUAUACUUUAAGGAUUUAACUUCACUUAAAUUCUUGAAGAUACUGGAUCUAUAAAUUACACAA